GAAGGAGUUAAGCACGGACCCAUAGGAGACAUGGAGGGCUCUGGUAUAGUGUAUCUGCCGCAGAACAAGAAACCCAUGGUGUGUGUGGAGUACCCAGGCAUUGUGCAGAAUGUAGAUAAAAUGCUGCAGACCCUGGGAGGGGAGAAAAGCGUGUCCCGGAUUUACGCUGAUCCUACCAGGAGGCUAGAACUGUAUUUCAGGCCUAAUGACCCUUACUGUCAUCCUUUAUGUGCCAAUCGCUUCCCAACCACAACCAUGAUUCUUCGAGUAAAAAAGAGAGUCAGAAGGAAGAAAGCUAAUGAAAUGCAAAUAUCCGAGCCAAAUCAGGAGGGCAGUAUAAGCAUGGAGAUCAUUGGUGUUGUGGGUACAGUCUACAAAUUCCAAGGCAUGUCUGACUUCCAGUAUCUCGCCUUUACCCGGAGUUCUGAUGGCACCAUAACCUCUUUGUACGACAAAGUUCUUCUAAAGAAACCAGAGAAGGAAGAAUUUUUUCAUCAGGAUAUAGUUUAUCACAUUCCACCACCAAUAUUCUCACGGCUGGAUAGCGCAAUUGAUUAUAAUUACCGGCCAAAUGUCAAUCACAGGGAGGGUUUUCAGUCCCCUCAGGUGUCCAGUGAAAAUUUGAUUGGUUUGAGCAGGGCUCGUAGACCACAUAAUGCAAUCUUUGUCAAUUUUGAAGAUAAUGAAGUGCCCAGAAAACCCCAUCAGGCUGCCGUGAAGAACUGGGAAAAACUUCGCACAAAUGCAAUAGAUAUUCACGCAGAAGAGGAAAUGAAGAGGCUCUUUAAUAUUCGUCCAGUUUGGUCAAGAAGUGCAAUUAAAGCCAACAUCAGUCUCCACCCGGACAAACUGAAGAUGCUUCUGCCUUAUGUGGCUUAUUAUAUGUUGACUGGUCCAUGGAGAAGUCUUUGGGUACGUUUUGACUAUGACCCCAGAAAGCACCCCGAGGCAAAAAUCUACCAAGUACUGGAUUUCCGGAUUCGAUGUGGAAUGAAAUAUGGGUAUGCUGCAAAUGACAUGCCAGUGAAAGCUAAACGCAGCACUUACAACUAUAGUCUGCCCAUCACCAUUAAGAAACCAGCACCACAGAUGGUCAGCAUACAGGAACUGACACAAGGACUUGGUACAUCUACCAUUUCCUCAAGUAAAAAAGCACCUUCAAACAAGUACAAACUAAAGGAAUCAGUUUAUAUUUUUCUGGAUGGAACCUUGCCACCAUACCGCCAGAUGUUUUACCAGCUCUGUGAUUUACAAGUGGAAAGCUUGCAGGCGGUCAUCCAUAAAAAUGAUGGCAAGGAGUCACAGUGUACAGAACGAGAUGGUUGGUGCCUUCCAAAGACCAGCGAUCAACUCCGAGACGCUAUGUCACUCAUGAUCAAACAGAUCAUACGCUCCAAGAGACCAGCCCUUUUUUCUGGACCUUCAACCUCCACUGAGAACAAGGAGCAGCUGACUUAUGAAUCUGGAGAGGAAGAGGAUGACGAGGAAGAGGAAGAAGAAUUCCAUCCAUCUGAAGGCAGUGAAAAUGAAAUGGAAACAGAGCUUCUAGACUAUGUUUAAGUAACUUCUCAGUCUUGGUGAGCUCAAUCCUGAAGCUGUGCUUCAUAAAGUUGCUAAUAUUGGUGAGCCUGAUCACUGUAGGGGCCAAAUUGUGGAACUUUUCACUUGUGUUUGUGACUGAUCGCAGAAACUACAGACUCCUGGAGAUUGUUACUUCGUUGAUUGUAUCGGAGAUAGACCAGGACUUGUUUCUAGUGUUAUUGAAAAACAAUAACCCUAAAACUCCAAAAUACAGGGCUUCCAAAAGUUUGGUUUAUUUAACCAUUACCAAUGGUGAGUCUGCAGGAAGUCCACCUUAUUGCCAAUUAUUUAUUGCUUAUUGCAAGUAUUCAUAAAAUUAAUCAUUCUGGGUGUAGUA